GGAAAGGACAACAGGAAGUUAAUGCUGUGACAGGCUGACGCUAAAAACGAUAGCUGAUCGGGAUAACAAGCCCACAUCGUAAAGGCUUUUUUGUUUUUAUUUAAACAGUGUACAGUUCACACUGUGUGUCUAAUGGAAAGGCUCAUACCAUACUGACAUCAACCGUGUUUUGGUCGGAGGAGCGUGAGUGUGGUCAAGCUCACACCGGGGCUAGUCCUAAAAUUAGCUCAGUCUGCAAGCUAUUACCAGAAGUCAAAAGGAAAUAGCCAAAAUGUUUGAACCGGCGACAAGGAACCGACCUGCUUAACAUACUUUUACAAAAGUUGUGUGUUGCAAUGAGGAGCACCAGAGUCUACCUCUGAGGACUCAGAAGCAUGAACCCGGUUUCCCCCAGUGCAGCACAGUACGUAGGGGUAGUGAUGCUGGAUGAGCAGGUGGAGGGCCGAAGGCAGCAGCACCUGGAACGACAGGGCAGCUUUGGACUCAGGCCGCCACAAAUUCAAGAUGCCAGCAGAGAGGCAGCCGGCGAACCUGAUGAGAUGGACAGACUCAAAGCCAAACUGAUGUCAGCUUGGAACAAUGUCAAAUAUGGUUGGACUGUAAAGUCUAAAACCUCUUUCAACAAGAUUUCACCUGUCACUGUCCUGGGGCACUCUUACCUGCUUAACAGUGAAGAUGAGGUAGAGCGAUUCCAUCUGGCUUUUGUGUCCAGGAUCUGGCUGACCUACAGGAGAGAGUUUCCUCAACUUGAAGGCUCCACCUGGACCACGGACUGUGGCUGGGGCUGCAUGCUGCGCAGUGGCCAGAUGCUGCUGGCUCAGGGGCUUGUGGUCCAUUUGAUGCCCCGAGAUUGGGCUUGGCCAGAUGCUCAGCAACUAACUGAUGUGGACUUUGAGGUCUUCCGUCCACGUUCUCCCGUACGAGCUGGAGGGGUUCCCAUCCCCUCGUUUGGGUCUCCACGAGGAACCAACACCCCUGAGAAAUCUGUGUCAAACAGCCAGGCACCCAGAUGCAGCCAGAAAAAAAGGCCUGAGUCCGCGAGGGACCGUCAGUCAGAGCCCAUCCACCACAAGCUUGUCACCUGGUUUGGGGAUCAACCUCCUGCUCCUUUUGGUGUCCACCAGUUGGUGGAAAUAGGCAAAGGUUCAGGGAAGAAGGCCGGUGACUGGUACGGCCCCUCCAUAGUAGCACACAUAUUACGGAAAGCAGUGGCCAAAACAUCUGUGGUGCAAAACCUGGCUGUAUAUGUAGCUCAGGAUUGCACAGUGUACAAAGAGGAUGUGGCACGUCUUUGUAAUCCAUCUCUAGGCCAGAGUCCCCCUGAUCCUUCUAGUCAAGCCUGGAAGUCUGUCAUCAUCCUGGUGCCUGUCCGGCUGGGAGGGGAGGCCCUCAACCCGUCUUACAUCGAAUGUGUCAAGAACAUCUUAAAGCUGGAUAGCUGCAUUGGAAUAAUUGGAGGAAAACCAAAGCAUUCGCUCUACUUCAUUGGCUUUCAAGAUGAGCAGCUGCUAUAUCUAGACCCUCACUACUGUCAACCGGUUGUCGAUGUCACUCAAGCAAACUUCUCACUAGAGUCAUUUCACUGUAGCUCUCCUAAAAAGAUGCCCUUCAACCGCAUGGAUCCCAGCUGUACCAUUGGCUUCUACGCCAAGAACAAGAAGGACUUUGAGUCUCUCUGCUCUGCAGUUGGCAAGGCUCUUUUGUCUUCAAAGGAGAAGUACCCCAUCUUUACCUUUGUGGAGGGGCAGAGUCAGGACUACGGACUUGAAGGUCACAGCAGUAACCACAGUGGACCUGCAGCCCACAUCCUGCCUCCAGGCAAACUGAGCAGGAGUAACAACAGAAGAAGCAGUGAUGAGUUUGUGUUCCUGUGAACCUCUGAGGAUGAUGUUCUCUUACCUGUAAGCAGCAGACGCAGACAUGUUUCCUUUUAAAGGGAGGACUUGGAUCUCAGGAGGAUGCAGCUGCAAGGUGGAAGCGACUCUAAUGUGCAUGAAGUCGUCACCUCUGUGUAGGUGGAAAUUAUGAUCAAACACUCAUUAGUAGCUACUGGCUGCUCUACUAGGUAAAGGUGAUUUUCAGAAUGGAUCAUGGAUGGGCUUUUUUUCAGUACUUGAAGUGUUCUUGAUCCAUUUUUUUUUUUUUCACCUCAUAAGAGUUUCUCUCACAGUCGAGGUUGUGGCUACCUGACAUUGAUCCUGUAUAGUAAGACAUCUGCUGUACAUCUUUUUAAUUUGUGUUUUUUUUGGGGGGGAUUUAUUUAUUAGAUUUAUGAAUGCGUCUUGAGUGCUGGCUUUAUGUCAUUUUAUUUGUAUGUCUUUAAUUGUACAGACGACAGCAUUGUUUUCCACAGAAGUUUCUGGUUCUUCUAUCUUCAAAAGCUGGUUUUAAGUGUUGGACACAUAACCACUAGGCCUAAAUCCAGCAUACCCCCAGAUUCUCCUCAUUAUUUAUCAUUAGGAAUCUAAAACACAUCUAGAAAUCUGAUUUGUUGUUCCUUCUGCUACUUAACAUCCCUCCAGCUGGAGAUGGAUGUCUUCACCUGUUAGAUUGUGGCAUGUCUGAAGAAGCAGGAUUCCAUAUUUAUUUGGAUAUAUUUGCAAAAUAAACCCAAACAUCUUUCUGAGUUCACAUGCAACAUUUGGGCUUUAACUUGUAAAGUUAUACAACAAAGACAAUAUGACCAACAUGAGUGGAGUUUUUUGUUUCAUCUUUUAUUGAAAUCACAUCUUAUUUUGUUUGUUACUUUUUUUUUACAGCUACUACUGCAAGUUGCACUACUACUGUUUUGGGGUCUGUUGUCCUAAAUAAAUUCAAACACUGGAAUUACUGGAAUUUACUUGUAUGUCGUACUUUGGGGGUUUCUAUGUCUAAAGAACUGCACUGUGUUUUCUUACUGGUUCUCUAAACUACAAAGAAAAAAGAUGCAGAGUUGUUCCAAUCUUUUGCUUACCCUUAAACAUUGCCUUGUUUUGCAGUUUAUUACAGCAGUAAAUUGCACAAUCCUGGAAAAUGAGGCUGAAGCACAAGUUCAGUAAGGUAGACCUGUUUAACGUCUCUCCACACUGUAUUUAGGCUAUUGUCUUUGUUCAUUUCCCCUUUCUGACACUAAACAAGUACUGUAAGUCCACCUAGACUUUACUCUCCUCUAAUCAUCUUUUUUUGCUAUGUUUUUACCCCUUGUUCUUUAUUGUAAUGCUACAAUGAGUCUCCACUGUCUCAUCCAUCUCCUAAUCUUGUGGCCACCAGCAUCUAGGCUACAGGGGUUACUGUUCUUAUCCCUUACAUUCUCCAGUCCUCAAUUGCUCAUUUGAUGUCUAACCACCAAAUGUUCUUUAUUACUUUUCUGCAUUUUGCAAUAAAAUAUUUGCUCGGUGA